AUGGCGUUCUCCUCCGCGCUCCGCUCCUCUCCGCUAGCCGCCGCCGCCGCCCACGCGGCCUCCCCUCGCCAGCGGCUCUCCGUCGGCUCCCGUUGCCUUGCACGCGUCGUCAGCGGCUCCUCCAGGUCCAGCAGGGCCGCCGCGCGUGCGCUGUCGGUGCGGUGCGAGCAGAGCAGCAAGGGAGGCAGCGCCGUGGACGUGUGGGCUGGGCGGCUCGCCAUGAUGAGCUUCGCCACGGCCGUCGUCUCCGAGGUGUCCACCGGCAAGGGCCUCGUCGAGAACUUCGGCGUGGCAACGCCGGCGCCGGCACUGGCGCUGGUCGUGACGGCGCUCGUCGGCGGGCUCGCAGUCCUCUUCAUCGUCCGCUCCGGCGAGCAGCAAGACUGA